GAUCCGAGGAGCACGGACCGACCGCGAGUCGGCGAACAAUGCGGAGCGGCGCGGGCCACUAGCGCUCCCGGCUGGCGGCCCCGAACGGGUGCAAGGCAAGGUCUUCCAAGACCGGGCGGGAUCAGCGAACGCAGGCGGAAGGACCUUUGGCUCAUACACACAUUUCUUUUUGUUUUGUUUUAAAAGGAACAAUCACUGGAACAAAUAAAGGGUUAAUAGGCCAGUCAUUGCCCCGCCCCCCCCCGUGGGAGCCGCAGGGAGCAGGUUGGAAAGUUCCUGCGUGCAGAAGGGGAGGCCGGGGGUGGGGGCGCUCAGUACUUCUGCUGGGCUCCCGCAGGGAUGCGGUGGGACCGCUCGGCCCGGUUCCGAGCCUGAGAGUUGGCCGUGCGCGAGCCCCACCGCCGGGAGCCUGGGGCCGGGCUCUGCUGCUUGCAAGGAAUCCAAGGCGAGGACAGCGGGGGCCGCUGCCCGGGCCAGGGAGGGGCUGAAUCAGAGCUGGGGAGGCGCUUCCCACCCCCACCCCCGUCCCCCCCGCCCCGCCGGGGCUGUCACCCUUGAGGGGCCGAGCCGAGCCGGGCGAGGGCGCAGGCGGAGUUGGAGAGGUGGCUGCCUCGAGUUGCACGGGGCGUUGAGGCUUCUGAUGUCCGCACCGUUCAUCUCCUGGGCGCGGAGGCGAUUAGUGCAACCGUAUCCUGUUUCAGCGCCGCCAAGGCUAUGCGAGACCGCGGCCAGGACGGCCUGGCAGGACUCGCGCUGUAUGUAGGACUCUUCGGACACCCCGGGAUGCUGCACAGGGCCAAGUACAGCCGCUUUCGGAACGAGUCCAUCACGUCCUUGGACGAAGGCUGCCCCGGAGGGAGCUCCGUUGGGAACAAGGGCUCACAGCAGCCUCCCUACCCCGCCCUGGCACCUCACCUGCCGGCGGAAGAUGCCACCCAGCCGUCCCGGGAGAGCCCCACCCCGCUGUGCACCUUGAUCCCCCGCAUGGCGAGCAUGAAGCUGGCCAACCCGGCCACUUUGCUGAGUCUCAAAAACUUUUGCCUGGGUACCAAAGAGGUGCCCCGGCUGAAGCUCCAGGAAAGCCAGGAGCCGGCUCCCAGCAGCCCGGCUUCCCCAGAAACCAGCCUAAGUCGGGCUGGGUCUGCACUGCCACCGCAGCCGGACCUGGUGGGGCACAGGGCAAGCGCCUUAACCCCCGCCGAUGCGUCCCCACUUCCCGGCCCUGGGGAGCCAACCGUCAGGAGCAGGCAGGACAGGCACUUUCUGCAGCACCUGUUGGGGAUAGGCUUGAACUACAGUGUGAGGUACAUGGGCUGUAUUGAAGUGCUGCAGUCAAUGAGGUCACUGGAUUUUGGAAUGAGAACCCAAGUUACAAGGGAAGCAAUAAGUCGCCUGUGUGAAGCUGUCCCUGGGGCAAAUGGAGCCAUUAAAAAGCGAAAGGCUCCAGUUAAGUUCCUAUCAACAGUUCUUGGCAAAAGUAAUCUUCAGUUUUCGGGAAUGAAUAUAAAACUGACCAUCUCAACAUGCAGCCUCAUAUUGAUGAAUCUUGACAACCAACAGAUUAUUGCAAAUCAUCAUAUGCAGUCUAUUUCAUUUGCCUCUGGAGGGGACCCUGAUACCACAGACUAUGUUGCCUACGUAGCUAAAGAUCCAGUUAAUCAACGAGCCUGUCACAUACUGGAAUGCCGCAAUGGAAUGGCCCAAGAUGUCAUAAGUACCAUAGGGCAGGCUUUUGAACUCCGGUUUAAACAGUACUUGAAAAAUCCUUCUUUGAAUACUUCUUGUGAAAGUGAGGAGGUGCAUAUUGAUGGCCACACUGAGGAGAGAGAAGAUCAUGAGUAUUACAAUGAAAUUCCAGGGAAGCAGCCACCUGCAGGUGGUGUUUCAGAUGUGCGGAUCAAAGUUCAGGCCACAGAAAAAAUGUCUUACUGCCCCAUACGUUGUGAAAAGUUGUGCUAUUUGCCUGGAAACUCCAAGUGCAGCAGUGUAUACGAGAACUGUUUAGAACAAAGCAAGGCAAUAGGUAACGCCCAUGAGAGAGGGGUGCCGUCCCAGCGAGACGCCUCGUCAAUGAAGCACACGUGUCGAGUGGAUCUCUUUGACGACCCCUGCUACAUUAAUACGCAGGCUCUUCAAAGUACACUGGGCUCUGCUCGAAAUCAAGGCUCAGCGGGGAGCCCGUGGCACUGUGGAAAGCCACCAGAAACUGUUCAGCCAGGUGCCACAGCCCAGACUGCCAGCUCACAUUCCUUGCCACACAUUAAGCAGCAGCUGUGGAAUGAAGAGUGCUACCACGGCAAGCUGAGCAGGAAGGCGGCAGAGAGCCUCCUGGUGAAGGAUGGGGACUUUUUGGUUCGAGAGAGUGCAACAUCCCCUGGCCAAUAUGUGCUGAGUGGACUACAGGGAGGCCAGGCAAAACAUCUUCUCCUGGUGGAUCCUGAAGGCAAGGUGAGGACCAAGGAUCAUGUAUUUGAUAAUGUCGGCCACCUUAUCAGAUACCAUAUGGACAAUAGUUUGCCAAUCAUCUCUUCUGGAAGUGAAGUAAGCCUUAAACAACCAGUGAGAAAAGAUACUAACCCGGUACUUUCGAAUUCCAACAAAUGACAAUAUUGAAGCACCAUCAAGAAACUCCCAUUUUGUGUCAGGACACAAAGUUAAUUCAAACUUUGCUUCUACAUAAAAUAGAGCACAAACUGUGAAACCAAACAUCUUUCUGAAACCAACAUGGACUAGGUCCUUUAUAAAACAAAGAACAAAAUUUGAUCUUUAGAAAUGAAAAUCAGAAAAGAGGAAGAGGAUCGGUCUAUUUGAAAAGAAAUUAUACAUAUGCACGGAUGUCACUUUUUAAGGUCAUAUAACAGUGAUAACAAGCUAAAAGCACAACUAAAAUUUCACAUGCUAAAGACAACUUGAAUGAACUGCUAGGGCAGUGGUAUGUGCCUUUCAACUUGAUAAUUUGGGGACACUUUCAUAUUGGGGAGAUUAAUUCUAUGUGUCUUCAUGUUCUAUAACUAUGGAACCAUUUGCCAAAAAAAAGUUUUUCUUGCUACAAAAGAUGAGAAGCAAUUUGCUUGAUACUGACUUUGUUACAUUUUCUGUUUAGUAGCAUUUUCCACUGCAAUAUUAAAAUAAAUAUGACACUGAAGUCAGACUGUGUCUAUGUCACUGGAAUCAAAUCAAAAGCCACUGAAAGCAUCGGUCUGUUUCAUUGCAUUUGCUGAUUAAAGGGUUGGGGCCCAAAUUCUCUGGCCUUGUAUUUCUCAAUCUUUGCUGUUAGGACUGUUUGUAUACAGCAUGUGAGAAGCUCACGAGGCCAAAUCUACCAGUCAUUUCUGAUUUUAUCAUAUUCUUCCCUUCUUCCUGCUAAGAGAAAAGCUCAUGAGUACUUGGAUUUAAAAGAUGGCAGACAAAACCUGUGUUCCUCAUAUUCAACAUCCAAAUUGGUUUCAUUCUUAGUGAAAGUACAGAAUUUAUGUGAAAGUAUAGGGGAAUUUCCUCUUGAUUGGCUGCCACUGAAUCAUAGUCUGUCACCUACAUGUGCGCUUAGCACCUCUUCUAGGUAUGAUCAGACAAAAUGCAGAAUGGAGAAAACAUAUGAAUGAAGCAGUUGCAAAGGUUUGCCACAUCUAGACCCACUGGGAAGCUGAUAGUGUAAUUAAGCCAAGCACUGGGCUGGGGCUCAUCAAUGUGACCUUGAGCAAGUUGCUGUACCUGUUUGGAUUCCAGUCUCCUUGUCUACAAAGUGAGGGAGCUGGAUUAGGUGAAUUCAGAGGUCCACUUCAGUCCUAACAUAGUAUGAGUCUGUGAAAAGUAAGUUUUUCAUCUCUUAGGGGUUGACAGUGAUACCAGUUUGUAUAGUUAAGGUAAAAAAUUAAGUUUUUUUCUUCAUGCCUAUAUUCACAGAAUGAAUGGCAUAACUGAGAUCAACAUUCACAUAGUCUAGAUCCCAAACCUUUCAGUCUACAACUUUGGAAUAAUAUAGUUAAUGAUGGUAGAAGCAGAUUUGGUUUGUUUUGAGUAGCUGAAAACUGCUUCAGUCCUUUGCAUAUGGAGAUAUGGGCAAUUCUAUAGAGUGUGUGUGUAUGUGUGUGUGUGUGUGUGUGUGUGUGUGUGUGUGUGUGUGUGUGUUUUUAUCCUGAGUUAUCUGGACAAUUGCCUUAAUUCUAUUUCAUUUUGGCUAUGUAGAUACAAGUUAAUCUUUGUGAUUGUGAUAUAGUUGCUAAAUUUUAAAUAAAAUAUGGGAAAUUUUCAGAUAGAAAUCAACAGUAACCAAGCACACCGAACUCUAAUAUUUUUAUGUAAAGCUUAUAAUUUUAUUUCUACUGCCAUUGAUUUUUUAGAUAGGUUUGUUUCCUUUUAUACAACUAGGAAAUAAUGCAUUUUCAUCAGUUUUCCAUAUUCUUUAGUUCUUGAUCAUUUGUCCUCAUAAAGAGGAUCAACAUGGGUGUGGAUAAUUGAAAUUUAUGGGUAAUCUAACCACUUUUAUUAGAGACAGGGCAGGCCUGUGGUCUCAGUUUGGCUGUGCAGAAUAUUAACUAGAUAACAAGAAAGAGUGCCUGAUACAAAUAGAUGCAAGAGUUUAAAUGGUGUGAGCAGUGCACAUGGAUAAUCAGUAUUUGAUUGUAAUGGUAUAGUAGUUAGAUAAGCAACUACUGCACUUACAAAUACCACAGACACAGUUAAAACAAACAAAAGAACAAAAGAAAUGUCUGCAUGCUAUUUUAAUCUCACAUUUUUAUCUUCAUCUGUCUUAAAGUGGAAAUCCCUUUCUAUAAAUACUUGUGACUUUUUUAAAAAAAUAAAUGCUCUGUGAAAACUGA